CUCUGGUCUGGCCCGAGUUGGACUGGUUGGACUGCGGCGGUUGCGGUUUUGGCCAACAUGGAGCGAACCUCUGUGGGAUUUACUCGAAACGGAUUUUAAAAAGCGCCGGAGAAAAUGGCCGAGAGGUUGGAGUGGGUGGAGAUCAUCGAGCCGCGCACGCGCGAGCGCAUGUACGCCAACCUACUGACGGGCGAGUGCGUGUGGGACCCGCCGCCGGGUGUGCGCAUCAAGCGCACGGGCGAUAACCAGUGGUGGGAGCUGUUUGACCCCAACACCUCGCGCUUCUACUACUACAAUGCUUCCACGCAGCGCACCGUCUGGCACCGCCCGCAAGGUUGCGACAUCAUCCCGCUGGCUAAACUGCAGACGCUCAAGCAGCACACCGACGCCGCCAGCCCCCGCCACGCCGCCGCCGGGGGGGCCGAAGGGGCGUCGGCCGACAACAGUCCGGGACGCAACAGCGGGGUCAGCCGGGAAGGGAGCACCUCAUCCUCCCUGGAUCAGGAAGGGACUGACAAACAGGUCGGGAAGGACGAAGCAGAGCGCACGUCCCCGUUCAGAUGGAACACAGGUACCAAGGAGCGCAUGCUGAUCAAGGUGACGGACCGCGAGCCCAGCUUCCUGUCCCACCAGGGGAACGGUUACUCGCCGUGCGACCCGCCCACGCCGGGCGGGGGCACGGCGGCGCGAAGCCGGCGUUCCUCCGGGGGCGGCAACCCAGCACCCUCGGAACCCGACGCCUCCCCGGUCCCGUAUCCCGAGCGCCGGCAUUCUCCCUUUCUGAAGCGCGCCGAGCUGGGCGGCACCCAACGACGCUCCUCGGCCGAGUCGCAGCCGUCGUCGCCCCGCUACGCCUACGAGCCACCGCUCUACGAGCCACCGCUCUACGAGGAGCCGCCCUCCGAGUACCAACCGCCGCCCAUCUAUGAGGAGCCGCCCUCCGACAUCCAUCUGUCCGAAUCGUCCUUCUACGGCGCCGGGAAGUCGCCCGCCCGCAAGACCUCGGUGCCCCUCUACCACUCUCCCAAGCAGUCCCCUUACGGCCAGCUGGUUCUGACCCGACAGAAAUGUCCAGACAAGACGCAAAGUCUGGAGUACAGUCCAGUGGGGAAGGAAUACGUCAAGCAGCUGGUGUAUGUGGAACAGUCGUCCUCUAGCCCUCGCUUCAAGACGGCCGACCGCCUGCUGCGUUACGGCACCACGGGAGGCUACGGCGGCUCCUACGGGGGCUCCUACACCCUGCAGCACAGUCAGUCGCUGAUCCGAGACCCCCGCCUGCUGCUGGACUACAGCGGCGAGGGGGGCCAGAGGCUGCUCUACGAGGAUUCCGUAUCCUGGUCGUCCAGCCAAACUCACUCUUUGUCUACGUCCUCCGCCGGAGCCUUCUCCCCCGGCGGAAACCGCAAGCGCAAAAGCCGGAAGCCGUCGCUCCCCCAGGAGUUGGCUCGCUGCGCCGCCCCUGAUGGGGACUUUGGGGGCACGGCGUCGGAGGCCAUGCUGGCGCAGGCCCGCCUGGCGUGGGAGGCGCAGCAGGUGAUGAAGCAACGCAGCAGCUGGGACUCUGGCCAGGGCGGCGCCCAGAGCUCCAAGGACGGCUACGAGAGCGACGGCGCCGUGCCGCCCCCGCUGCCGGGGCCGGUGGUGAGGGCUUUUAGCGAGGACGAAGCCCUGGCGCAAAGCGAUGGACACCUCUGGAAGAGAAGCACCUUCGAGCGUCUCGGAUUCCCUCAGGCCCUGCUGGAGAAAAGUCUCUCCAUGCAAACCAGCCUGGCCUCACCCGAGACUUAUCUCCAUCCCUCACAGUCGGAGGACCUAGGAGCCUGCGCCCAGUUUGAGGCCAGCCGCAAUGCCAGGAACAUGAUGCCGAGCGCCAGCUGCGGCGUCUUCCCGGAAUUCACCCUGAGAAAACCGUCCUCCGAGACCGACAUCGAGAACUGGGCGUCCAAGCACUUCAACAAACACACGCAGGGUCUGUUCAGGAGAAAGGUGUCCAUCGCCAACAUGCUGGCGUGGAGCAGCGAGCCCAUCAAGAAGCCCAUGAUCGUCACUUCGGACCGCAGCGUCAAGAAGGAAGCGGUGGACAUCUUCAAGCUCAUCCAGACCUACAUGGGGGAUCGCCGCACCAAAGCCGACCCCCUCAACGUAGCCCUGGAGGUGGUGGUCCGCGGAUGGAGUAACCAGGGACUCCGUGAUGAGCUCUACAUCCAGCUGUGCCGGCAGACCACGGAGAACUUCCGCUACGACAGUCUGGAGCGUGGCUGGGAGCUAAUGGCCAUCUGCCUGGCGUUCUUCCCGCCCACGCCGCGCUUCCACAACUACCUUGAGGGCUACAUCUGCAGACACAUGGACCCUCUCAACGACACCAAGGGAGUAGCUAUUAGCAGCUAUGCUAAACAUUGCUACAGGAAGCUAACCAAGGCGGCACUGACCGGCGCUAAGAAGGGUCUUCAGAAGCCCUGUCUGGAAGAGAUCCAGCAUGCCCGCAACGCCAUCUUCAGCCCGUCCAUGUUUGGCUCUUCCCUGGAGGAGGUCAUGGCCCUGCAGAGGGAGCGCUACCCGGACCACCAGUUGCCCUGGGUUCAGACCCGCCUGUCCGAGGAGGUCUUGGGCCUCAACGGGGACCAGAUGGAGGGCAUCUUCAGGGUUCCAGGAGACAUUGAUGAGGUGAACGCGCUCAAGCUGCAAGUGGACCAGUGGAAGAUCCCAACGGGACUGGAGGACCCUCACAUUCCAGCAUCACUUCUGAAGUUUUGGUACCGCGAGCUAGAGGAGCCACUCAUCCCACACGAGUUCUACGACGAGUGCGUCAAGAACUACGACAACGCAGAGGCCGCUGUCCAAGUAGUGCUGGGACUGCCGCACAUCAACAAACUGGUGCUAUGCUACCUCAUUCGCUUCCUGCAGGUGUUCGCGCAGCCGUCCAAUGUGUCGGUGACCAAGAUGGACGUGAACAACCUGGCCAUGGUGAUGGCGCCCAACUGCUUGCGUUGCCAGUCGGACGACCCGCGCGUCAUCUUCGAGAACACGCGCAAGGAAAUGUCCUUCAUCAGGCUCCUCAUCCACACGCUGGACACCAGCUUCAUGGACACCAUCCUAUAACCCCACCCCACACAUACACACACCCUAAAAGAAAAAAAGAAGGUGGCAUGACCCACACCCCUGCGGUUCUCCGCGUGCCUUUAUGGAAAGCCCCUCCAGCAAUUUCUCCAUGUCCUUUAUAUACUUUGUCCUCACUAGGAAGACAAUUCAGUGCACUAGUAGUACAGCUGUAGCUUUUAAAAAGAAAUAACUGUAAAAAACAACACAAGUCACAGUCGUUCUACUAGUGCUCCGAAUGCUCUUAUUCAGCUAGACCAAGAGAGCACUACCACAUGGACACCAAACUAGAUAUCAAGGAUGGAGCCAUCUUACGAUCUUAGUAUCAGUAUGCCAACUGAGGCACGAGAAAUGAAGAAACUUUAGCGUCAACUUAACCAUCUUACGAGUGAGGACAAAGCACAUACCCGACUAGUACAUGGACCUCGAGCUGGGUGUGAAGACUAUGGAGCAAAUCCUGAAAGAUCUUUCCAUAUGCCUUCACAGUUGCAAGACCAGGAUACCCUCAUUGAUGCCGUUGCGACUCGCCACUGAUUUGUGAAUGUGUCUUUUGGUUUACUUAUUUCACACCGUGACACUAAUGUGCUUCUAAAAAAAAGAGGAAAAAAAAGACAACGCUGCAACGUCCAAGCCCCUUUCGCGCAGCACCACAAGUGCCGACACUUUUACGGGUACGAAGGUGGUGAAGUUUCACAUCCGACACCACUUCUGCCCUAUUUGUGUCAAAAGCGAUUGUCAGCGCCCGACGACAGCGUAAUCAUUCACGGUGGGAUCAAUCCCAGAAAAUUCAUUUGAAAUUACAUUGGUGCCUUGAGAUACAAGAGACCCAACAAUUUUGGGCUUUAUCUUGCAAGCAGAAAGUUGAAAUCUGAGGACGGACCUUGACAUCAACACAGUUCACGCAUCCAGACAAUAAUUACAUGUAUUGAAAACUGCAGUAACUUGACUUUAGCCUAAUGCUAACAGACAAUUGGAAAUAUCUUAAGACGGGCUACUGAAAAUAUAAUACAUAAGUAGAAAUUGUUUAUCCUCUGCACUCUAACUUACUAUGAAACACUUGUAGUAGUAACAGUCUUCUUCGAUUGUGUCUGCAUAACAGUAUUAUACUACCCUCCAGUGGCCACAUUGCACACUAACUAGAAGCUGCAAUCAAACUCCUAUUUUGUUUUUCGGUAAGUACAAUAGAGCUUAUUUGCCCACGUCGUUAUCUCAAGGUGCCAUUGUAUUCAAAGCAAAUCUUAAUCAUAUAAAAAUGUUACUAUGAAGAUUCAAAGGUUUGGGAAGCCGACCGAAUUUUUUUAACCUGCUCUUUUUUGAAACUUGUAAUUUAUUUCUUAUUUAUUUGAUGCCUUCUUACGUGUUGUACGCGUGUCAGACGAAUGUGUGUGAUGUACAUUAAGCGUGUACAGACUAAAAAAAAGUUGACCUAUAGCGAGUGAUGUGAACGUUAACAUGAAACAAACAAGCUUAAGUUUUUAAAGACAUGGUAAAUUUUCUCACGUUGAUGGAAGUUUACGAGUCUAUUUAAAGGCGUCCUUGUGGGCGUGGCCGAGCCGCGCAGUCAAUCAGCAUGCACACAGAGUGACAUUGAAGCAGAUUGUUUCCUGUUCCAGGUGUAAAAGAAAACCCAAGUUCUUUUUAUAUUGGACGAGGGGGUUUUCUAUUCUUGUGAUGAGGAGGAGGAAGAGUGAGGAAUAUCAGUGUUUGUCACUUGUCACUUACAGUCAAGACUGAACGUGUUCCUUUUUGCUUUAAUAAACGACUCAAAGUGG